CUCCCUCCCUCCCUCUUCAGAAUUUGGUUAAGAGGAAGUCAUGAAGAGCAUCGAUCAUUUCAGCCAUCCACAUCCUUUGGUGCUUGUGGAUCAAGAGCCGGGUGAUCAGGGAAGUCGAAAAGGUUUUUGUUCUGGAUGCAACCAAGCAGUAGAGGGUUAUUGUUAUGAAUGCAGGAAAGCAGCAGAGGGUUAUUGUUCUGGAUGCGAGGAAGAAUUAGAGGGUUCCAGCUACGGUUGUGGUGAGUGUGGGUUUUUCCUUCAUAAGAAAUGUGCUGAGCUACAAAGGGUGAUCAUUAAUCACCCCCUCCACUCCGAGCACCCUCUUACUCUUCAUUUGGAAGAUUAUGCUCAUAAUAGCUGUAAUGUUUGCAGGAAAGUUAUCAGAUUUUUUUAUCGAUGCAAGUCUUGUGAUUUUGACCUUGACCUUAGAUGUGCUAUGCAUCCUCAAUUUGUUGCUCAAGAGUUUCAAAAGCUUCAACAUUUUAGCCACGAUCAUCCAUUGAUACUUGUUGAAGAUAUUGAAUUUCAAACCAAACAUAAAGUCUGUCCAGGAUGUAGGGAACCCAUGUACAAGUCAAGUCCAUUCUACUGUUGUCCCAAAUGCAUAUUUCACCUACAUAAGAAAUGUGCUGAGCUACAAAGGGAGAUCAUUAAUCACCCCCUCCACUUCGAGCACCCUCUUACUCUUCGUUUGGAAGAUUAUGCUCAUAAAAGUUGCAAUGUUUGCGGGAUAUUUACUGGAUCUUUUUAUGGAUGCGAUUCUUGUGCUUUUGACCUUGACCUUAGAUGUGCUAUGCAUCCUCAAUUUGUUGCUCAAGAGUUUCAAAAGCUUCAACAUUUUAGCCACCAUCAUCCAUUGAUACUUGUUGAAGAUAUUGAAAUUCAAACCAAAUCUCAAUCCAAAAGAAAAGUCUGCUCAGGAUGUAGUGAAUCCAUGUACAAGUCAAGUCCAUUCUACUUUUGUCCCAAUUGCAAAUUUCACCUUCACAAGAAAUGUGCGGAGUUGCCUCCUGAGAUCAAUCACCCUGCCCACCGGAAACACCCUCUAAAGCUUUUGGCCGAACCCCCACCACAUCAAGAGAAAUGUUCUUGUCAUUUGUGCACCAAGUCUUAUGAGGGAUUUGUUUAUUAUUGUUCUGUUUGUGAGUUUGAUUUCAGAGCUGCGGACGCUUUUUUGCAUACAAUUACAGCUGAAAUUCAUGAACAUCCGUUGAACCCUAUUUCAGGCACAAUUUCAUUCGUCUGUAAUGCAUGUGGAACGGAUGGAAGUCAUGUUUGCCUUACAUGUGGUGAAUGCAGCCUUAUUAUUCAUACAGAUUGCACUUCACUUCGCCGCACCAUCAAAACAAUAAGGCAUCCACAUCGACUUUCUCACAUCUAUUUCUUUCAAGAUGAGGAAGCUGGAAAACGUGAAUGCAAUAUCUGUCAUGAUGACAUAAAUCUGGGAUAUGGGAGUUACUGCUGUUCAGAUUGCAAAUAUUUUGCUCAUGUAAAUUGUGCAAUUGAUAAAGAUCUUUUGGAAGAUGAAGAGUCCGAAUCAUCAGAUGACUGGACUGCUAUCUUUCCUGCUUUUCAGGAAAUCAAACCUGGAGAGAUAAAGCAUUUCAGCCAUAAACACAACUUACUAUUGAGUGAUGAUGGGGUUGAGGAUGGCCAAAGUUGUGAAGGUUGCAUGCGUUCCAUCUCUACUUCAUUUUACUAUUGUGCACAAUGUAAUUUCUUUCUCUGUAAGUGCUGUGUUCAUGAGUUUCCCAAGAAGGUGCGUCACUGGACUUGCAGGCAUUUAAGAGAACUCCUUUUCUAUUCCAUUUUUAAUUGUGACUAUUGCGAGUUUUGGAGUACUGGGUUUGGCUACAAUUGUAAUGCAUGCAACAAGAUUAUGUGCAUCCGGUGUCAUGAAAUUCUCGACACUCGUAUUGUAAAUAUAGAAGGACAGGAGCACUCCCUUUUCUUUGACCACAAAUACGAAGAGAAAUGUAAUGGUUGUGAUGAUUAUUGUGGUCAACGCGGUUUUAGAUGCAAGGACAAGAAAUGCAAUUUGACCUUGAAUUAUAGAUGCCUUGUGCUGCCAAAAACAGCUCGGUACAAAUAUGACGAGCAUGCUCUCAAGCUUACUCAUCGUGAUGAUCAUGAUCUAAGUCAAUGUUAUUGUGACAUAUGUGAAGAAAACAGAGAUCCGAAGCAGUGGUUUUAUCAUUGUGCUGAUUGCGAUGUUUCUGCUCAUCCUAAUUGUGUGCUUUGGAAAUCCCCAUUUGUCAAGCUCGGGAAACCAUUCCCGAUUGAUGAUCACGAACACCCUGUCACUUUGGUGAAGAUAGAUUUUUAUCCUCCUAAAUGCAACUACUGUGGUAAGCCUUGUAGAGAUGAUCUAUCCAUUCAAUGCACAGAGCCAGAUUGCACCUACAUAUUCCAUUGGGAGUGCUACUGGAAGGAUGGAUAUGAUUGGAAGUGGUAUCUUCUACAUACAGACUGAAGAGCUGAGACUGGUAUUGUUCUUAUGAUAUUAAUUAUGUCUCUUAUGAAGGUAGACGAAAAUGAGAUAUCUCAUUUGCACUUUAUUUUGUUUUCGACUGAUUUUUUAAGUUUAGCUUGAUCUUCUAGCUGUUUGUUGAUGUGGUCGGACUGUAACUUAUUUGUUUCUACCAAAUAUGUGAUAUGACUAUUGUUUGAAUUUUGAGCGUAUUGCUUUAAAUGGUUGUUUUUUCUUAUCAAUAAUUCGGUUGUCUCUGUACUUCAAAUACAGAAAAAUAUUUCUU